AAUAGUGAUGAUAUUGAUUGUCACAGUGCCUAUCUGUACUAGCCAGAAGUAUUCAUAAAUUACGUGGACCGAAGAAUCGGCGCAGUCUCGUGCGAACUCUUGCGCAACAGGCCGCUAGACGGCCCGAGUUAAUACACAGAUUCUGAUUACGACCAAACAAGAUGCAUCACACGCGAAGACUGCGGCUAACAGCGAGCAUUAUACUAUGCUUCGUGCUUCAAGCACAGGGUGCUGAUAAAUACACAGACCAGAAUAGACCUUAUGAAUUCGGAUUCACCAUCGAUGGGCAACAGCAUAGGCAUGAAUCUAAAGAUAAAGAUGGAAUCAUCAUGGGCGAAUUCGGUUUCAUCACAGCCGAUGAUGUCUACCACGUCACUGUGUAUGCUACGGACAAAGAGGGACGCUUCAAAAUAUUGUCUAUGAAAAACAUUCACCUCAAGUCGUCUACCGCCUCGAGUUCUGUAUCUCCUAAACCAGGAAGACGAGGUAAGGAGGUAGGUGCUCUACCUUUGCCACCAGCAUCUCCAAUAUCUCCCGUAGUUCAGCCAACACAGCCCGGAAAAGUAGUCGAACCAGUAUCGUUAGAACCACCACGCGGAUCUUGUUCAUCAUGCAGUUUACCAACGACCACUACACGCGCUCCACCACCAGUCUACAACCAAGUUUCGAAUAAUAACAACAUUAAUUCUCCAAGCCAUUUCGGUCCUCAAACUCAAAAUAAUGCGUCAUAUGGUUCUCAGGGUGGUCAACCAAACUAUCAAGGACCAAAUCAAGGUGGGCCAGGGUCCAAUACUGCCAAUAGAUUCCCACAACCAGGAGGUUCUCGACCUGCGGGUCAAAAUAAUGAACCAAACUAUCCUCCAAAUGACCUCGUCCCCCCAGGUGACAUACCAAAGUUUAGUGCUCAACCAAAUCAAGGAGGACCAAACUAUCAAGGAUCAAAUGAAGGUGGGCCAGGGUCCAAUACUGCCAAUAGAUUCCCACAACCAGGAGGUUCUCGACCUGCGGGUCAAAAUAAUGAACCAAACUAUCCUCCAAAUGACCUCGUCCCCCCAGGUGACAUACCAAAGUUUGGUGCCCAACCAAAUCAAAGAGAACCAAACUAUCAAGGACCAAAUCAAGGUGGGCCAGGGUCCAAUACUGCCAAUAGAUUCCCACAACCAGGAGGUUCUCGACCUGCGGGUCAAAAUAAUAAACCAAACUAUCCUCCAAAUGACCUCGUCCCCCCAGGUGACAUACCAAAGUUUGGUGCCCAACCAAAUCAAAGAGAACCAAACUAUCAAGGACCAAAUCAAGGUGGGCCAGGGUCCAAUACUGCCAAUAGAUUCCCACAACCAGGAGGUUCUCCAUCUGGACCAUUGCCUUCUGGCGAUAGAACAUCAAAGCAAAUACAUACAUAUACAAAUGGACCGCCAGGUUCUAAUAAGCCUACACUGGUUAAAGCCGGAAUGCAAAUAGUUGAUAAGAACACUGAUAUUAAUGCACUCCGCCCUGGUGAAGAGAAGGGAUUGCCACCGGGUCUAACUCAAGAUGAUAUGUUACAACUCUUGUACACAUUCAACUACACAGUUGGUUUCCACGCACACUUUGAAGAGGGCUAUACAAAUGGAGUUAAACAGGGAUACUAUUAUGUAACUGGAAGGAACGGUGUCCGAACAAGGAUUGACUAUGUAGCUGAUGACACCGGUUUCCAUCCGAAGGUUUCACAGGAGGUUCUCGAUUUACUGUCCGAGGAAGUUCCUAAGCCUGAAACUGAAAAGGACGAGAAAUAUGGUUUGAAAGGCUAUGAAUUUAAAUGGCUAUAUUACCCUGUUGAUUCAAAAAGGCGUUAGUAUGUCUGAAAUCGCUAAAGCUACAUCAGACCUGAUCUUCACAAACACUCUUUUAGUUUCAAGAGGCAAGGCCUCCUAGGCUUAUUUUUAAAGCUUUACUAUAAUUAACUAUUAUUUUUAGGUUACAUUUAUUAUAAGUCUCUCAAAGUAUUACUAUUAACUGUAGUUUUAACUUUAUCGUAGCACACUGCCAUGUAACCGCCAUAUAGUAGUAAUCACCAAAAACAACUAUUAGUAGUAUGUUAAGUUCAUAGAAAAACCAUACGUGGACACAUAAUAAACUGUAUAAUAAUAUGUUUAAAUGUAAAAAAAAUAUAUAAAAAUAAAUUUAUUCGGAAACGAUA